AUGGUCAAGAUAAAAUAAACUUUUCUCUCUUUUUGUCUUUGUUUCGCCCUUUGUUAAAUUUAUAAUUUCAUCUCUAAAAAGUCAGCCAGCAAUUGACGCUUAUCGUAUAAAUACAAAUAAUAAUAGAAAUGUUCCGCUCAGCCCUUGCCAACGUCUACCGGACUCCCUCAUUCGCCACCGUCUCGCGAAUGGCCGGCCCGAGAUCCGCAACCUCUGCAUUCGCUCGCCGCAUGUACUCCGACAAGCCCAAAGACACAGAGCCGAAAAGACUGAGGCAGCCACCAAGGAGGACGAGACACCGGCAACAAGAAGGACGCCAAGUCAAGGAGCUCAAGGAUGCCUACUUGCGCUCGCUGGCCGACGCCGAGAACAUUCGCACGCGGACCAAGAUCGAGGUUGAUAACACAAAGGUCUUUGCAAUCCAGAAGUUUGCCAAGGAUCUGCUCGACACCGUCGAUAUUCUGGAGCUCGCACUGAAGCAUGUGCCCAAGGGGGAUUUGGUCGAUAAGAUCGCGAACAAGACGCUGGUUGACUUGCAUGAGGGUGUUGAGAUGACCAAGAGCAACUUGCUCAAAACGCUGGAGCGCCAUGGCGUCGAGUCGUUUGAUCCUAUUGAUAAGCCCUACGACCCCAACACCAGCCAUGCGCUGUACCAGGCGCCGAUGGCCGGAAAGACCCCUGGCGAUGUCUUCAAUGUCGAGAAGCGCGGAUACAUCAUCAACGGCCGUGUCCUGCGGCCCGCCCAGGUUGGCGUCGUGCUCGAUCCCAACGGAAACUAAGCACCCUUGGCCAUUGCACGCGGCACCCCCCUCCAAAAAAAUUACAAGCUGGGCGUUUUUCUGCUUCUGGACGGUCGCUCAAUCUUUUAUACAUAUACAAUUUUCUCUUACAUCACCCGGAAAUAAAUCAAUUAUUAUUGCAAGAAA